AUGGAACGAGACAUCAUUACCGCUUUAAGACUUCUUAAUGUGAAUAGCAAGUGUUUAUUAUCAGACCCGUAUAAUCAUAAGGGCAUUUUCAAAGUAAAGACGCUCACUGAACUAUGUGUGAAGGAUUUUUCUGAAGUUCUUACAUCAUCCAUAAUAACGUUAGGGGAUCAACUUGAAUUGUUUCAAAAGAUUCCCAACACGUAUGUCGCUUCUAUGAUAAUAAAUUAUCUUCCUUUUAUCAACAGUGGUAGUUCACUGUUUACAUCAUAUUGGAUAUUGGAGCAAUACUUUUGUGAGCAGCAUGACUCACAUGAUACUUUUAAUCAAAAGCAGUAUAUGUUUAACGAUAAUAUAGAUGGCAUUCCUUCUAUUAUAAAAAUGUUUAAUGGCUUGGAUAAAAUUAAGAGAUACCCGUUUAGACUUAAUCUCCAUUUAUAUGUUUAUCUAAAUCAAACUGAAAGGUUGGCACAAUUGAAGAAUUUGUAUGAGCUAUCAUUUUACGAGCAAAAUCAAGAUAUUUUAUGCAGAACUAUUGUUGGAUGGUUAACAUAUAUCAAGAUCACCCCUAAUACAUGGAAAGGAGUCAGUCGUUUAAGUGUACCGUUCUUAAAAGAUCCUAAAUUGCUAUUCAAGUUACUUUACUAUAUUCCAUCCUUGGAAAUAGUAACUGUUGGAAUUGAACCUAGUAUUAUACAGGGUAUUCCAAUAUUACGUAGUUGUCUUGUAUCACACUCACUCGGGCAAGAAUAUGUAUCCAAGAGAAAGUUUGAAGAUGAUUAUCCUGUACCAAUAGAGAUCCGAGACAAGAAUUUUCCAAGAAAAUUGAUUAAUACUGAUCUUGAUAAUAGGAAUGUAUACUACUUGACGGUUCCUCUUAAUUCCCUAGAGAAGGCAAGGCAGAUAGAAGAAAAUAUUAUGAAAAAGGCACCAAAAAGGAAAAUUCAGUUAAAUAAAUCUCAUAUAAAUAGUAAAUUCCUGGAAAGGUUUAAAUAA